CCCUUCUGCAGUGUUGCCACACAGUUUUCAUACCUCUAUUGCCUUGAAAGCAAAGUCCCAAUUUUCAUUCACAUCGUUUGAUGGCUCGUACUAAGCAGACUGCCCGCAAGUCCACCGGAGGCAAGGCGCCCCGGAAGCAGCUCGCUACCAAGGCUGCCAGGAAGUCUGCCCCGGCCACUGGCGGAGUCAAGAAGCCCCACCGCUUCCGUCCUGGCACAGUUGCAUUACGUGAGAUCCGGAAGUACCAGAAGUCCACUGAACUCUUGAUCCGUAAACUUCCAUUCCAGAGGUUGGUAAGGGAAAUUGCACAGGACUUUAAAACUGACCUCAGGUUCCAGAGCUCCGCCGUGGCGGCGCUCCAGGAGGCAGCAGAGGCGUACCUUGUUGGACUGUUUGAGGAUACUAAUCUCUGUGCCAUUCAUGCUAAGAGGGUAACAAUUAUGCCUAAGGAUAUCCAACUUGCCAGGAGGAUCAGGGGUGAGCGGGCCUAGAUCUACUGAUUCGCCGGCAUUGGUAUGGGAUUUUUUUAGGGAUUUCUCUUUGGUUGGGUUAUCUGUUCUUGUUGUUUUUGAGAGUUUUGGUGUACAUUUUGUUUCAGCUCAUGGCCAAUCAUUUUGUUAACCACUGGUUUAUUCACGAAUGUUGUUAAAUAUUUAUGGAAUCUUGAUUUCACAAUUUCAUUUC